AACUAACCUAAACGAGAGAAGAGAAGAGAAAGGGAUGAAAGGAUUUGCGCUCUGGGGACCCUCUAAGGAAGGGAAAUAGUACCUCCCGCACUCGGAAAACGACACCUUUGGCUGCGUGGCAUAAAAUUCGUCGAAUUCGGGACUCAUCGCAUCCUUCAAUGUGCGGACAUUACCGAUAGGGUGAAUUGUUCUCCAUGGGUCGAUACAGACUUUUCCCUUGCAAGACUUCAGGACCAUCAAGAGGGUGUCUAGUCGAGGCUGAAGUCUCUCUGGAGAGAAAUCGGGAUCGGUGGUUACAUCGCCGUCUUGUCGUGAACGCACUCGGGGUACUCUCAUUGUGUCAUCAACGGAUGGACCAGUCGUGCUAUUGCCUUUCACAUCCCAAAGGUUAUACAUCUGCCCUGGGUCCACCUGCGUGCGGUUAGCGGCAUAUUCGAAGUUGCAAUUGCGAGGUUCCAUACCUUCAUGUCG